AUGUCUGUAAGUGAUGUAGCACGAGAACUUGGUGUUCGAUGGAAAAAUGCACCAAUUGAAUUAAAAAAUAAAUAUGAACAAGCAGCAUCAGAAAAGAAACAUGCUUAUCAAGCAGAAAUGGCUAUUUAUAAACAUCAAACAUCAACUAGUACAUCACCUCCUGAAACUCCUCAAACACCUUUAACACCUCAUGAUUAUCAACCUCUUUUUUCAUCAUCUUCUAUUCAACAGCAACAACAUCCACAAUUACAACAUAUACUUCAACAACAACAUCAACAAAAUUUUACUUCAUAUGAUAAUGGUGAUACAUCUGAACAUCCAACUGAAUUUGAUAUGAUAACAGGUGGACAUUCAGUUGGUGAAAAUGAUGUUUAA